AAGAAGAAGAAGAAGAAGCUCCAGAGACGUCAUUGCGAUAGUCGGCGGGAAAAAGUCAGUUUGGGCCAUCGUUCCAUCUACUUCGACUUGUUUACCUUACUUUCACUGACACAAAAAAAAACCCUCCCAUCCCGUAGGACUCCCACAACCUCUCACUGUAAUUAAAGGUUGAUCAUCUCCAAUCAUGUCCGACCAUCUGAUGCGAGGUGUCCAGGUCCAGCUGACCACAGCGAUGGACAAUGUCUUGAGGACGACCGUGUUUGAAGUCAUGAGGAUUUUUGAAAGCGCGUUCCAUGACCAUAAAAUGGAGUUGGUGCAGAAGGGAGAAGAGAUUGCUCAGCUCAAAGUAAAGCUACAAACUGCAGAGCUUAGGAUAAAAGACUUUGAGGUGCACAAUAAAAGAGGAGCAGAGAAAAGUAAAACUCAGACGGAGCCAGAAGUUGUUUCAGAUUUCCCAGAGCAGUUUACAGUUGUCCCUGAGGUUGAUGCUGAAGUGCCUGAUGACUGGUGUGCUCCACUUUGCGAUGAUACAGCGACCAAGCCAGAGGAGGGUUUUUGUCCCAGCGUAAGGCUGCGACAGUUUUCCAUUCCUCUGUACCCUGUCCCACUUCUUAAGUACGAGCAUUUAUACUCUGUCAGACAUGGAGCCAGAGUCAACCUUGGCAAACAGGUUGACAUGGGAGCCAUAACCCUGGGGAGAAAUCUAGGAACCAGGAGAUCCACAAGAAGUUCUACACGAAAAGAAAAGGAAAAGCCCUCCCAAGAUAAAGACCUAGCCGUAUGUCACCAAAGCAAUCGCCCUCCAAAACUAAGUGGUGACCUCAAAAGAUUAUUCCAAGGUCUCAACACGAAUUACUGCAACCUUAAAAGUUUGGGCCGUCUACGGAAAAGGAAGAGUGAGGGAUCUUUUGGUGAUGAAGAACAAAAAGAAAAGAAAGAGAAAGAGGACUUAUCAGAGCAGAAAAAUGAGGAGAAACCAAAAGAAUCCGAACCAAGUGAAUCCAAGGCAGCCAUUCUGCAGUCAGUGAGAAUGCAGAGCAAAGAAGCAUUCUCCUGUGGAAGGUGCAAAAAGUCAUAUCCAACAAAACCUGGCCUGCUUGUACAUUUGCAUGCUCAGGUGAGUUGCGGGGGUUGCAACAUGGUCUUUUGCUUCCAAGAGGCUCUUGACUACCAUAUACGAUUUUGUGAAAAGCACCAGGCAUUGAUAAAAAGAAAUCACAAAGAAGAUGAAAAGAUGGUUACUGGUGAAGGAAAUGUACUUAAUUCCAGCAAAGUGAUCAUAAAAGAAGAGAGGCCGAGUUCUUCUGCUGUUAAAAGCAACACAUCCCGCGAAGAGUAUUCCUGCAAACACUGCGUCUUCAAGACUAAAAAUACCGGCAAAUGGAGAAAGCACAUGAAAAUUCAUGGUGGGAGGAUGAUAACUUGCAGACUGUGUCCAAGGAAGUUCUCUCGGAAGCCUUCUCUCAAAGCACACAUAACAAGAAUGCACAGCCAACGCACCGAUCCAGAUGACAAAAGAGGAGACCUUGGAUGGACAAAACCCUUGGAGGAUGUCGACGAAGACAAGAAUUGAAGAGACCCAGUAAAUAAAUGGUGUCUUCUAUAAAAUCCCAAGGGGACAUUGUAUCCACACAGGAGAGACGCUCUCCAACUGUGACAAGUGACAUGCAACAUGUCGCUUCCUCACUCUUUUACCAUCCAUAGGAAGAAAUAUAGGUGGGCUGGAAAGAAGUGCAGCUCUGCUCUGGAGGAGAUCUCAGAAAACAGAAGGACUGAUGAGCAGCAGUCUCUUACAUCCACCAUGCUGUCUGUGUUUGUGCAAACCUGUAAAGAUUCUUUUAUUUCCUAAACCAUUUCAUUAAAACUGAAAGAUGUCUUAAAUUGCAGGACAAACUUAAAAAAAGAAAAAAAACUGCUUUAGUUAGCUUCUGUGUUUCCUUGUUUUUCGUUUUUAUUACAGCUCUUAAUUGUCACAAAAAGACCUAGAUGUGAAAGCUGUAAAUGAAGCCAAAAGAUAUUGUUUGGUAAGAUAUUAGCUUUUUUUUUGUAUGUUUUCAAUUUGUUGGUUUGACUUAUUAUUUGACACAUCUUUGGUAAUGUUUUAUCCGUUUUGUAUGAUUGCAUUACUUAAUGUUCUUUAUCUGUGGAUCUUGUCACAGAACUGUUUAUUACCUGUGACAGGUGAAAAAGUUAAAUGUUAUUUAAAAUUGGGUAACUCGCUCAAGGAUUUCAUUUAAUUUAGUUCUAGUUUGAAAUUUAUAAGGAAGGUCUUUUUUUUUUUUAUUGGUUCAACUGAUAAUUUCAGUUUAGUUGUCAAAAAUUGGCCUAAAAAUUAAUGGGUUCUAUGGUUGUCUUAAACGUGAACAUACAGUUUGGGAUUUCUUUGAAAUAUUUGGAACAGUUGUAAAAUGUCUUAAAAAUUGAAGACUGGUUUUUACACAGACUCAUUACCUGUUUGAGUAUUUGCUGAUGCCUAUUAGAGCUUGGUUCCUCUAAGGAGUGCUGAGAUAAGAACAUAUAUUGCAGUUUUUUAAAUAAAUCGUUUGCAUUUUUUUCAACCACCCGUUUGAUUUAUAUUUGUAUUUGAAAUUGUUAUCUCUUUAAUAUAAAUCAAAAAUAUUUUUAACUGCGUUACUCUCAUAUAUCCUGCCUACCUUUACCCGCUGCUGAACGGGAUUUUACGUUAUCGCGAGAUUUGCUGCCAUAGGUAAGUUGCUGACCUGCUAUAUGAAACGUGCGUUUUUCCCUCCUUUCUAAGCUCUAACAUUCAUUUUAUCUUGCCAAAAAAAUUAUAUUUGUCCAGUAAUGUACAACCGUUGCAUCGGUCGGACAGUUUAUGUUGCUUAUUUUGUGUCUAUAAAAUAAACGGAAGUGCUAGCUAGGUGCUAGCUAAAAGUGGCUAAUGCGACCUUCGGAUCUUUGUUUACAUAAUUAUUCAAUGAAAACCACCGCGUGAGACGAGACAGUUAUCGUCUCUCCUUUAACGACUUUUUAACCCAAUUAAACGGAGCACAUGUAUCCAACGUUACGUGCGGCUGUUGUCAUUUAGCCUAAAUGUUAGCCUGGCGGUUUCUCAGCAUGUGAUAUUUUUUAUAAGCUCAGCGGCGCGUAGAUCUGUCUGAGGAUAUUGAGUUUGAUUUACAAACAGAAGCAUGGAGGCUGUGAGGGGUGUUUUCCACGCUCAGCUGGCCACCGUCAUGGAUUCCCUGCUCGCUGCCGCCGUUUGCGAGAUCGCCAAGAUCUUCGAGAGCAGCCUGUGCGAACAGCAGGCGGAGCUGGUGCAGAAAGCGGAGGAGAUCUCCAUGCUUCGCUGCAGGCUGGAGAAGAUGGAGAGGAGGUACAAAGCCAAGGAAGGGGGCACCGAGGAGGGAGAGCUGUCAUCAGGAGUCAGAGAGGGCAGUCUGAGGCAGCAAACCCAGACAGGAUCAGUGCUGAAUGGGGAUAAAAAUUCACCUCACUCGGAGCCAGAGGAGGAACUCCGCAUGCUGAAAGAAGAGGUCACAGGGCAGGAAGGAGCCUCCAUAAAGAACGAGCCGGUUAGAUCACGGUCUGUUACAGGCCAACCCACAGAUGGUGACAUUUGCAUCUCCCAAGCUGGCUAUGGCUCUCCCAAGCCUGAUUCUGGUCUACUUCAAGCAGGAGACUGGACUGGACUGAACUCGACCCGCGGUGGUGUUUCAGGUCUGGAGAACCCGCACGGGGAUAGAAAUGUCUGCUCUGCUACAGCUAGCAGCAGCAUUGGCAACGACCCUUCAUGUUUCCAACCUGGUUUCGGGUCGGAAGAGACCAGCAAUGAAGGUGACGCCUCAUUUGUUUUUCUGGACCAAGAGUCUGAGAACCAGAACUCAGAGGAGGGCUCAGAAGAAAAGGAGGCAGAUCUUAUACCAGCCACCUCUGCUGAAGCGCCAUGGCGACCAAGAGAUGAGAGAGUCGCAAGAGGUCACGUCAAUCACGCUCGAAGGAUCACUAAUGUUGCUAGCAGAGACCCGCUGCGGCCACAGUUGAACGCUCAGCUGCUCGCGGCACGACAGACAAACACUCUUAAUCACCCCACGACCCCCGCUGGAGGAAACGGUCGCCCUUACUCCUGCCCGUACUGCACAAAGUGUUUCACCUACCCUUCCCAUCAGCGCAGGCACCUUCUGCGGCACACUGGCGUCAGACUGCAUCCCUGUCAGUUCUGUGACAAGAGCUUCCUCACGCCGUCAGAGCUCACCGUGCACACUCGCACGCAUACGGGGGAGCGGCCUUUUGGCUGCGCUCAGUGCGGCAAACGCUUCGCCCGCAGCGGCAACCUGAGAGCCCACCAGCGAGACGUCCAUAUGGGGAAGAGGCCCUUCGCUUGCAUAGAGUGUGGAAAGAGAUUCGCACACAGGGGAAACCUGAGGGUGCACAAUCACAGAGUUCAUCAAGGGGAUCCGUACUAUACUGAGGCUCAACCGGAGCCUGACGGCAACCAGAAUGCUAUAUAAAAACAGCUGAAGAUCAAGGUUAUUACGCAUCACCUUUGCAGCAAUUUGGAACGAUUUCUGUCGUUUGUCUACGUUUGACUCUGUCAACCAAUUUAGGUCAAAUAGAUUUGUGAAUGAACAGUUAUAUUUAUCUGGAACAAAAAGGCUGCUGAUGUUAAAGAAAAAUAAAAACUAUUGGGAUUUGUUUUCCUUUUUAAACAUACUAUGCUAUUCAUUAUUUAAAGCGAUUCGUCUAUAAGAUCACAUUUGUGGAUAAUCGAUUGGUACUACAGCUUCAUCAAAAAAGUGUUUCCAGGAAGUCUCCUUAAAAAGGGAAAUUCAACAUAGAUUUUACAUAGAUUAAUUACACCCAGGGUGAAUAUACAAUUCUCCUAUUUUAUUCUGUCUUGAUGGUCGUGGCUUACAGCUAAUAAACCCAUAUUCAGUUCCUCAUAUUAUUAGACAAUCAAAAGAGCUUAAUAAACCCAUUUAUGUCCGGCCAUGUUAAUGGAAGGUAAAGGUGUGGUAGAAAAAGGUGCUUAUGUUAAUAGAUUUGCACACCCGUAAGAUAACUGACUGACUUGUGCUUGAAAUGUUUGCACAGACUUGGAGGGCCAUGUCACCUGGCAGCAUUGGUCUUUGGUUUCACAAACACAACAUCUGAUAUUAACAAGUCAGAGCAGCUGUUUAGUGAAAGAUUUUAGAGCAAUAUAUUUUUUAAGAAGCUUCAUGUAGGUUGUUAUUUUAGAUCUGUUAACACUGCAAGGUCUAUCACAGGACUUGGUUGAUCAGAAAACUGACCUGACUGAAAAUUUAGAUGGAAUUAAAAAGUUAGAAAAUGCUUCGAUGUUUAAAUUCCCUCAGAUCGAUCUGUGCUCAUCUGUCUUUUCUUUGAAUAUAAAGAAACGCAUAGCUAAAAAGAACAAAGCUCUUCUUCAGCUGAACAUUCAGUGUUAGACUAGUCAGAAAAAUGGUUCAAAUGAUUUCCUUAUUUUAUUUUAAGAAGUGUAAAUGUAAAGCAAUCACUCAGUGUGGCACAAAUGCAGAGUUUGCACUCCUUUGGACUCCCUUGUUUGAUCAAUUCUAUUAGAGCUCAUGAUAAAAAAAAAA